CGUGGCACCAGGAAGCGGCCUCCGCGCCGGCCGGGAUCGCCGCGGUCUCUGCCCGGCCCGACUUCCCCGGCCCCACGCGCCCCGCCACGGCGCGACUCGCCCGGCUCCACGCUGGCGGCCGUCUCGGGAUCCCCAGCCGCCGCGGCGGCGCCCGCCAUGGGUGAGGAGGAGUACUACUUGGAGCUGUGUGAGCGACCAGUGCAGUUCGAGAAGGCGAACCCGGUCAACUGCGUCUUCUUCGAUGAGGCCAACAAGCAGGUUUUUGCUGUUCGAUCAGGUGGAGCUACUGGGGUGGUAGUUAAAGGCCCAGAUGAUAGGAAUCCCAUCUCAUUUAGAAUGGAUGACAAAGGAGAAGUGAAGUGCAUUAAGUUUUCCUUAGAAAAUAAGAUACUGGCUGUCCAGAGGACUUCAAAGACUGUGGAUUUUUGUAAUUUUAUCCCUGAUAACUCUCAACUGGAAUACACACAGGAGUGCAAGACUAAGAAUGCCAACAUACUAGGAUUCUGCUGGACUAGUUCUACUGAAAUUGUCUUCAUAACAGACCAAGGAAUUGAAUUUUACCAGGUAUUGCCUGAGAAACGGAGUCUGAAACUCCUGAAAAGCCAUAAUAUCAAUGUGAACUGGUACAUGUACUGUCCCGAGAGCGCUGUGAUUCUGCUGUCUACUACAGUUCUUGAAAAUGUUCUGCAGCCUUUUUAUUUUAGGGCUGGCACUAUGUCGAAGCUGCCCAAGUUUGAGAUUGAAUUACCCGCUGCACCAAAGUCAACUAAACUCAGCCUUUCUGAAAGAGACAUUGCAAUGGCGACCAUAUAUGGGCAGCUUUAUGUUCUCUUCCUGCGACAUCAUUCCCGGACCUCCAACAGUACGGGAGCAGAGGUGGUCUUGUAUCAUCUACCACGCAGGGAGGGCGCCUGUAAAAAAAUGCACAUACUAAAGUUAAACAGGACGGGAAAGUUUGCCCUCAACGUGGUGGACAACCUGGUAGUCGUUCAUCAUCAGGACACAGAGACAUCUGUAAUAUUUGACAUUAAGCUUCGUGGCGAGUUCGAUGGCACAGUUACCUUCCAUCACCCAGUGCUUCCAGCUCGAUCGAUCCAGCCCUAUCAGAUCCCCAUGGCAGGUCCUGCUGCUGUGACCAGCCAGUCUCCUGUUCCCUGCAAACUCUAUUCUUCAUCCUGGAUUGUCUUUCAACCUGACAUCAUUAUCAGUGCAAGCCAAGGUUACCUCUGGAAUCUUCAGGUGAAACUUCAGCCCAUAGUAAACCUCUUGCCAGAUAAAGGAAGAUUAAUGGACUUUCUUCUCCAGAGGAAGGAGUGCAAGAUGGUCAUCCUGUCUGUCUGUUCACAGAUGUUGAGUGAGUCAGACAGAGCCACACUGCCUGUGAUCGCCACUGUCUUUGAUAAACUCAACCACGAGUAUAAAAAGUACCUGGAUGCCGAGCAGAGUUACACGAUGGCGGUAGAAGCAGGGCAGAGCCGGAGCAAUCCGCCUCUCAAAAGGCCCACGCGGACCCAGGCUGUGGUGGACCAGUCUGAUGUGUACACUCACGUGCUGUCACCGUUCGCAGAAAACAAGGAGAUGCCACAUAAAUUUGUGAUAGCCGUGCUGAUGGAAUAUAUUCGCUCUCUUAACCAGUUUCAGAUUACAGUACAGCAUUACUUACAUGAACUCGUCAUCAAGACUCUGGUCCAGCACAACCGCUUCUACAUGCUGCACCAGUUCCUGCAGUACCACGUGCUCAGCGACUCCAAACCUCUGGCUUGUCUGCUGCUGUCCCUUGAGAGCUUUUAUCCUCCUGCUCAUCAGCUGUCUCUGGAUAUGCUGAAGGUAAUGCUGGUCUGUCACAGCUUCAGAUGGUAUAAGUGUGUUUUUGUCAUUUGCUCUGAUCUGCACUUCUUUCCUCCUUCCCUCCAGCGACUUUCAACAGCCAAUGACGAGAUAGUAGAAGUUCUUCUGUCCAAACACCAGGUCUUAGCUGCCUUGAGGUUUAUCCGGGGCAUUGGUGGCCAUGACAACAUUUCUGCACGGAAAUUUUUAGAUGCUGCAAAGCAGACUGAAGACAACAUGCUUUUCUAUACUAUAUUUCGGUUUUUUGAACAGCGAAAUCAGCGUUUGCGAGGAAACCCAAAUUUCACACCAGGUGAGUGUACUUGCCAGGGGAAACCUGGGGUAACCAGACUCAGCAAGAACCCACUGUGGGUAGGCAGCCUUUGUGUAAGGAGGAUUCCUGUUAGCUUUUAUGGAAACAAAGUUCCUAACAGCUGUCCUAGCUCGUGGUCUAUAGCUGUGGAUUCAGCACGCGGGUGGGAUGUGAAUGAUACUCUGGAACUCACAGCAGAGUGUUUUCAGAACCUGAUUUAGGCUGUCUGGUCACAGCUAAUCUUGGAUAUCCCUUUUGAAGAAGUCAGGAACAAGAGAGCAAAUGAUGGCAGAGGGUUUUAAAUGAUUCCUGCCUAAAACUGAAGCAUUCCUGUAAUAAGCCUUGAAACAGUGGCUAAUAACCCUCAUCUCCAACUAGUGAUAAAAUCUAAGACAUUUUUUCUUAAGUUGGACUCCAAUUUAGGUCUGCCAACCUUUUUUUCCUUGGUGUACAGUGCAAGAUAGCAAGCACUUAUCACAAUGACAGGUUUGAAUCACUUCCAUUUAGCUUUUCUGCUCAUCUGAGCACAUGGUGAUUUGCUAGGGACUAUGAAGGUACCAGUUCUGUAGUAGAAAGGGCAACCCCCAGACUUAGGAAAACAGGGUAUUUUAUUAAAGAAAAAUAAGUUAAAAACCAGUAUACAAUCUCUGAGCUACAUUCUCGUUUUCCUUUCGUGCCACACC